AUGCGGCGUGGAAGUUCAGUUCCGUAUGAUAAUGUGGGCCCUCCACCGACCUACAAAGGGAUGACAGGAGCCACGACGUCACGUUUGAAUUCAACGACUAUUCUUGUCAAUCUUGAUGUAUUCAUUCAUCAGGCCAAUAUCGGUCGUGACAUCAGUCCAAAGGAUCAAGACUUGAUUGUACUUUUCAGACGCAAUAGUAAAGAGGUCACAUCUGAACCUGCACGAUGGACUGCCGAUCACUGCGCUGUAUGGAAUCAGCAUUUGAAUAUUCAGACAUCGCUUCUUGGACACAAGAAAUUACAAGGCGGAGGGACGGCUCCUCAGUUUCUCAAGAAAGAAUACGAGAUUGUGCUUGUGGCGCUGCCUAGUCAUUCCGCUGUCGCACUGUUUUCUGUAGACUUUGCUACACUUGUCCAGCUCAACGCCAGUCCACAAGACCGACACAAGUCUUUUCGUGUCUCGCCGCUCAAGUGUAGAGACUUGGCGGCCACCCUCGAGUUUGGUAUCACGUGGGACCUUGUGCAGUCGCCUCAUAGCUCACAAGUUAAUACUGCAGCUAACAUGAUGCUGCAUGCAGCACCCGCUGGGAUAGUUGGACUGCCGCCAUCGGUGAACAAACACUUGCACACUUCGAAGACGUCGACGCCCAAGGUCCAUACACCGCGUUCUCGAGAGACAAACAAGUCACGACGCAGCGCAUAUGACGCAGCAUCAAUGUCAACACGACGAACGACUACCAGUCUCAGCUCGGCUGGCAGCGAGCGUGACUUGCUGGAAGAGCUUUCCACUUCCAACUGCAGUGACUGUCGAUCUGCCAAGCGCAGACUCGACCGCAAAGAGGUGCAAGUGUUGCAGCUCGAGUCGUUCUUGAAAGAGUCUCAGAAGCGCAUUGAUGCGUUGUCCACCGAGAACGAGGAGUUGGUAAUUCGAGAGAAGGCUGAGACGCGUAAUGCUGCACAACAGCGUGCACUGAGUCUAUGUCUGUUACAGGAAUUGGAGACCGCUGUGCAAUUUUGCAACAGCCAGAUGUCGGAGGUACAUGACACAACAAUGCUGCCGCAGUUGGAGCUCAUUGAGCGAGCCAAGAAGUUCCACGAGGAGGUUGACUUACUACAUCGUCACUUGGAUAGCUCGCACUCAUCACAGACACCUCACGGAUCGCAGGCCACCUUCGACUUUCGAGCUGAGACCGAGGCGGCGUUGCAACGCAACCAGCGACUGCAGGAACAAUUGGAGUUCUUAAGCCGCUCAAUGGAUUACGACAGUGACGCAGUCGAGGGCAGUACUCGGACACAUCGUGCAGCCACGGACGCCUCAGGCACCACUAUCUCAUCGGUUCGCAGCGGCAGCGUCACGAUAAAUUGUGGAGAGCGACCUGUUGCUCUUACGAUGACACAGCAGCUCAACAACCUCGAACGCGAGAACUUCAAGUUGCGGGCUGAACUUGAAGGCGCACUGGCUAAUGCUGCUAGUGCUCUGAAGAAGCAUUCUGGCGGAUUUCCCUCGCGCCUGGCAAAGGGUAUGUCACUAACUGCGGAGAUCUCGGAGACUACGAGCUCCUCUAGUCGGGAAGACAUUGAGGAGCCGGAGAAUGAAAGCGCGGCGUUACUUGACCAAAUCCGAGAGCAGCACGAGUUCGAAGCUGGACGCUCCGCUGCACUUGAGUUGGAACUGAACAAGGCAAAAGAUGACAUUAAAAAGCUGAAGGAUCAACUUGAAAUCGCCCAGAACAAGAGCAUACUUAAGAUAGACCAGGAACAGCCAAUUCACGCGCCUGGCUUUUUGGAUAAGAUGUACGCUGAUGUCGGCAAGGCGAAAUUGAUGCUCGAGGAUCGUGUGAAACAACUCGAUGAGAAGCUGGCUAGUGCCACCGAGGAAAAUGGUCGUCUCCGCAACGAGAUCGAGGAGCUACAGGAGCAGAAGAGUGACAGCCAGAACGAAGUGACAAUGGCCAAGUCUGAUGCACGCAUUACUGAGCUCGAAAGACUAUUGGAGCUGCGGGAGAAGAAUCUGAAGAUGAACGAGGCAGAACUCGCACAGACGAAGAGACAGCUUCAAGACACUGCGGAUCGUGCUCGUGCGGGUGAUAGUGCAAAGUCAGAGCUAGAGCGUGAACUCGCCGAUGUUCAUCUUUCUCUGAAGAUGGCACAAGAUGCUACUAUGCAGCUUGAAAAACAGUUGGCCGCGGUCUCUUCCAGCACUGCUCCUGUAAACACAACGUCGACAUUGUUCGGAACUCACUACUCGGCCGCAAGUGAUGGUACGGGCCAUGAUGAGUUGGCGGACGUGCAGAAGCAGCUGAAGCUUUCGAAGCAGGAAGUAAUGCAGCUUCGCUUCCGCAGUAAUCAGCUUGAGAGUGUUAAUGAGCGUUUGGAAGAAGCUCUCAAGGAGAAGCGCACACUAGAAGUGAAGUUGACUACGCUCGAGGGUCAUCUUUUUGAACAGCGAAAUCGGUCUAUCAACACUGACAACAACAGCCUCUCGCUGGACGCCAAAAACUCUGCGAUGCUGACAGAGAUGCAGCGCGAUCUGGACCACAAGUCUGCGCAACUGAUGAUUGCUGAGCGUGAAGUUGACCACCUGCGCUCGCAGUGCAGUGAAAAGGGCGGUCAGAUUACCACAUCUUUUGGCAACAUUGAGGACAUAGUGGACAAGGUAAAGCGCUUUGAGAGUGAGAUUGCGUGUCUGUGUCAGCGCAAUGACGAGCAAGCCAGGCGACUGGAGAAGCUCGCGACUCGCGUGACAGUCGCCGUUCACGAGCGCGACGAGCUUGAGGUGAUUGUCCAGCAAAUGGUGACGGAGAUGGCUCUUCUUGACAAUGAUGUGAAUUUUUCUGCUGGAGCUCGUAACGAUCGCAGCCAGUCGACUCCUGAGGGCAAUGAGAUGGAGGAGAAGUUGAUGCCACGCCGUGUACCGUCUCAAAGUCCGAGACAGACCGGUAAGAUCACCGACUGCUAUGCGAAUGCAGUGGCCGCGAGCUCAUCUCGCACGUCGAGCUUUUCCACACCAGGCGUAUCCAGCAGCAAGGUGGCACAGCUUGUGAAGAACUUUUCUGCCCAUAAUGAUAGCUCUUACACGUCGUCAAGCGGUGCGGCAUGCAAAGAGUCUACGAAAUUGGAACUUCGCAGCCGCAAGAGCUCCUCUACCAGCCACCGUGGCUCUUAA